AUGAGUUCUUUAAUUGUCAAUCAAGCCUUUCGUGCAUGUGUUCAUCUGAACGAGUUUCAACGUGGAAAAACUAUUCAUCAAGAAUUACCUGCAAGUUUACUGAAUAAUCAAUACAUUCGCACCAAUCUCAUUCGAUUAUAUAUGAACUGUAACGAUGUUGAUAAAGCACGAGAAAUUUUCUCUACGGCACCAAAGAAAUCAAUUGUCAUGUACAAUACAAUGAUCGAGGGUGAUAUCAACUGCCUUGGAGAAAAUAAUCGAGAAAAAGAAGCUUUGAAACUAUUUGAAAAGAUGUCUGUGACACCAAAUGCUUACACUUAUAGUAUUUUAUUCAAGCUUUGCACUCAAUUACCAGAUCGUGACGUGUUUGAGUUUUGUAAAACGGUCUGGAAGGAAAUCUCGCUCGACAAUCAAAAGAAUCCAGUGGUAUCAACUUCGUUCUUAGCAUUACUUCUCAAGCAUCAACAAAUAUCAAUUUGUGAAAAGUUUUUUUCUCAAAUUGAAAAGAAUAACGUUACUCGUAUAACUAUGAUGAAGGGGUAUCUUUCACAUGGAAUGCCGCAAAAAGCAAUUGAUCUCUUUCUCCAACUUGACAAACCCGAUGAAAUAGCGGCAGGAGCGUUUUUCAAUGCAUGUGCUCAAAUAAAAGACAAAAAGACACUGGAUCUAGCAGACAAGGUCUUUUCCCGACUUCGUUCUCCAUCUGAUCGUCUCCUUCAAUCAGUUUUCAAUAUGCACUUCCAACAUGCUGAUAUUUCCAAAGUGAAAAUUCUUUUUGAAAAAGUUCAACGAAAUGUUAUCAAUUAUGCUUCAUUAAUGAAACUAUACAAUGAUCAAAGUCAACCAGAGAAGACCUUAAAAUUAUUUCAAAGAAUGAAAGCUGAACAUGUUGAAGGAGAUUCAGUUGUUUUCGUCUUAUUAAUCAAUGCUUGUGCAGAUAUUCGGUUUUUGUCUUUGUCUCGAUCGAUUGUUAAACAAAUUCCAAAGAAUUUACUUGCUGACCACUGGCUGGCAAAGAUCACUUGUACAUAUGUGGGUUCAGUGGAUGAAGCACAACGAGUUUUCAAUCGAAUUGCUCAACCGAUGCGUAUGAUUGGAAUCAAAGAGUCAAGUUUCAAUGAAAACGAUAAAUGA